UUCUGUCACCUUUGAAUGUCUCAUAAUUUUGGUCCAACCCGUUGCGGUGCUUUAGUCGUGCGUGGGCGUGUGAGAGAAGGAGAGAGAGUGCGUGUGUAAUGGACGACUCGCUCAGAGAGGAUCAAAAGGAACGAGAUAAUGAGAGUGCGCUUCGGUGUGUGUGUGUUGAGUGCCUCUGCGACGUUGAAAAUAUCUCUCCAUCUGGGUAACGGAAAAGGUCAAUAGCAAUGUAUCCUUCAUCUCCAAUUAUCGCUUGCAUUCAAUAAUCCCAAAACUAUUCGUAUUUCGAAUUCCGUUUUGUUGAAGGUCAUUUUUAUGUCACCCAAACAUAUCGCUUAGUAACCGGCCCUAAACAUCCAUUCUAUGUCGACCUAACCCAACGCGAAAAGUUCAAAAUGCGGAUGUAUCUAUGUAUCUACUGCAGGCCUGGCUCCGGCUAGAAGCCAUCGUAUAGUUGAGCAGGCAGCCACCGCCCCCUCCCCGGGGACUAACAACCAGACAAAGGCAACCCAUUCACCCAGUGGCCCAGUGAGGCCCAGACCCCGGGAGGACAGAGACAGAGACAGGGACAAGGGAAACGCGAUAAUUUUGCACUGCAGCCAAAAUCGAAUUAGUCGGCUGGCGGUGCUUGGAGAGCGAGCAAGCGCCUCCGCAAUGCAGACGCGUCCGAGCAGUGAACCGCAACGCGCCAAGGAGCAACUCCUGCGAGAGCUGCCACCGCAGAAAUGCUCCAGCGCCACGCUGGCCAAGAAGGUGCUGCCGCAGAGCCCGCCGGCAGCACCGCCGCCCACACCGGCCACAAUUGUGCCGCUCACUGCGGUGCCCGUCAUCCAGCUGACGCCUCCGUCGCACUCCGGCGACACGCCGCAAAAGUCAGCACCUCCGCCGCCGCCACCGCCGCCCGAGAAGGCUGUGACUCGCACUCCGGAUGGCGGCAACAAGGAGAACCUGCCCGUGAGAGCCGCAUCCAAGCCUUUGGGGGCACCCAGCAACUAUGCGGCACGACGCACCUGGAUCACCACGGAGCGGAUGAAUGAGCUGCGGCGCAAGGCCCAGGAGGCGGCCAAGCAGAACAAGAUCUUCACCAUCCGCGGGUGCUUCAAUUCGGUGCGGAACGCCCUGCUGGCGCGCGGAUGGGUGGAGAAGCUCGAUGUGCAUCGGAAGGUGGUGCCGGCGGGCCAGAUGACCUACGAGGAUCUCACCCAGCGACUGCCAAAGCGCAAGGCCGGCGAGACGCGGCGGCAGUACAUCCAGAAGUGCGAGCGGAACAUCAUGUCGCGCUUCCUGGAGCACAUGCCCGUGGACUUUCUGUGGACGAACCGGAAGGAGAAGUGCGACUACAUCGACCAGGCCAAGAAUCCCGGCAUGACGAUCAACAAAUUCCACCGGGCCCCCUUCACCUCCAAGGAGGGCCUGUGCAGCCAGCUGCGCGACUUCCACUGGUUCUUCGAGGAGGGCACGGCCGAGAUGUACUUCCCGCGCUGCUACAACGUCUGGAGUCCCGAGGAGCUGGGCGAGUUCGUCGACAACUUCAAGCUGACGGCCUGCGUGGCGUACCUGCGGGCCGUGCUCUGCCGCUACCACAAACAGGGGCCCGAGGCCGUCUUCUCCGCCGGCGGCAAGAUACCCUACUCGUCGAUAGACUUCGCCUACAAGCGACUGGUGGAGUACCUCGACAGCUGCCAGCACAACGACAUCGACUUCGAGGAUCCGCCCAAGAUCUGGGAGCACGACUGGGACGCCUUCCUCUACCAGCACCAGCAGCUGGUCAACGAGGACGGCCGCAUCCAGCACGAUGGCCAGCGGCUCGAGCACACGGCCAAGAGCUGUCUCUCGCUGGUGGACAAAAUGAAGGUCCACUGGCCGCAGUACAGUCUCGAUGGCUAUCAGAAUUUGUGGAUCGUCAAGCCGGCCAACAAGUGCCGCGGUCGUGGCAUCCUCCUGAUGGACAACCUAAGGAAAAUACUGGGUGUUGUGAAUCCCUCGAUAGCCUCCAAGAGUCGCUAUGUGGUGCAAAAGUAUAUAGAGCGACCGCUUAUACUCUUCCAAACAAAGUUCGAUAUACGCCAAUGGUUUCUGAUAACAAACACACAGCCAUUGGUGGUGUGGUUCUACAGAGAGAGCUAUCUGCGCUUCAGCUCCCAGGAGUACUCGCUGAGCAACCACCACGAGUCGGUGCACCUCACCAACUACGCCAUCCAGAAGAAGUACACCAACGGGAAGCGGGACAAGCGGCUGCCCAGCGAGAACAUGUGGGACUGCUACUCCUUCCAGGCGUAUCUGCGACAAAUCGGGAAGUACAACAUGUGGCUGGAGCGGAUAUUUCCGGGCAUGAGGAAGGCCAUUGUGGGCUGCAUGCUGGCCUCGCAGGAGAACAUGGACAGGCGGCCGAACACGUUCGAGUUGUUUGGCGCCGACUUCAUGAUCUGCGAGAACUUCUAUCCCUGGCUCAUCGAGAUCAACUCCAGUCCGGAUCUGGGGGCCACCACGAGCGUCACGGCGCGCAUGUGUCCCCAGUGCCUGGAGGAUGUGGUCAAGGUCGUAAUCGAUCGUCGCACGGACCCCAAGGCGGACAUGGGCAACUUCGAUCUCGCCUACCGGCAGGUGGUGCCCCCAACACCCGCCUACAUGGGCCUCAAUCUGUUCGUCAAGGGCAAGCAGCUGCUGCACAAGGUGAACCACAGCCACAACCACCACAACUACUACUACCAGCAGCAGCGCAAGGAGCGCUCCCUGGCCACCAGCAGCGUCUACCGCCAGCGGUCGGCCAUCCUGCAUCCCGCGACGAGCAUAUCGCGCAUCCACCGGGCCAUGCCCACCUUCAACGCCACCGAGUACAUGGAAAAGUACAUGGUGGAGCCUCUGAGCAGCAGUCGCAGCAGCCUCAGCAGCAGUCAGCAGGCGACGACCAUCAGAUCCCCGUCAGCCCUCACAGCGGGGCCUCCCCCAUCAUCGUCCGCCACCGGCAGUCCGUAUCUGUUGAAGCAAGCGGGUCGCUCCAUCACUCAGCUGCUGAGUGCCUCCCACAAGCGGAACACCAUGGGAACGCUGCCCGGAGAGGCAAGCACCAGUACGGCCCUGCCUCCCAAGCGGCAGCGCAGCUGUGGGCCGCGUCUCAGCGCCACGAAUCCCGUGGACAGCACCGAGAAGAAGUUCAAGAUCCUCAUCAAGAACUACACAUCCAACGGCAGCGACAGUCAUCUGAUGGAGAAGCCAGAGCCCCCGGAGACGUCUGCUCCGGCCACAGCUCCGGUGAUCAGUGAGCGCAAGUGGCGGAGUCUUCGCAACAUCACUGCCACCACCAGCUCCGCCUCCUCCGCCUUCUGCCGGGCCAAGGCUCAGGCCACAGCUGCCGCUGCCACAGCCACAGCCACUGGCACGCCGUUACCUUCGCGUCGCUUCCUGCGCACCAAGUCGGAGAUCGAGAGCACGGCCAGCAUCCAUGCCAUUGGCAGGACCUUCGGCAGAAAGUCCAAUGGUCCCCGCCUGCCGAUCAGCAUCUCGGUGCAGGCCCUGCACCGGGGAGAGCCCAUUGUGGCGGCCCUCAAACAGGCCACCAGCGAACUGCAGUUGUCCCAGGGCCAGGUCCUGAGUCCCCGCACAGCGCUGGCCAACAAACUGAACAACUCCACACUGGCGGUCCCCGCUCCUCCGCUGCCCGUCGGCUGAGACGUACACCAACACUGCCAUGCAGAGGCGUAGCUAGGUAGCCCCCCGACUAAAGGUCAUGUCAAGUCGAAAUAUAAAUAAACAUAUCGUAAUAGUUUUAAGGUGUAAAGGAACUUUAGGAUUGUAUGAUGGCACCCAUUUAUGUUAGUGGGAGAGCGAGAGAGAAGAAAAAACAAUAUGCAAAGAGUACAGCGAAACAUAAAAGAAAUUUCUUACCUUUUGGCCCAUCAUCUUGCUCCGUUACGUUCUCCUUGCUUCGUUUGCUGUAGCUACUACGUUAACCGCGGCGAUGGACAAUAACGUAGCACUGGAAAACUCCGUUUUUCCGCUUUUUACGAACCAAAACCGCAAACGCACGCGCACAAGCAAAGGAACCCAAUAAUUUCAAGAAAAUGCCCAUAAAAAAAACACCUUGGAAGGCGAGCGCCGACGCUAAGCGCUUUUGCUGAUUCCUUUCUACCCUCUG